CCUACUAAACGGCGUCGUAAAAACUUGUGCCUUUGCUUAUGCUCGACUGUCUUCUUUAGCAUUCUCGGCAAGAAACCUCCUUUUCUCUGUCUCUCUCUGUCUCUCACUGUUUCUUGGACGCGUCUCAUUCAUUUUUUUAAGGCUUUUCCUACACAUUAUGGGGGACAGUCAGUACUCAUUCUCUCUUACCACUUUCAGUCCUUCUGGUAAGCUUGUUCAGAUUGAACAUGCUCUAACUGCAGUUGGGUCUGGCCAAACGUCUUUAGGGAUUAAAGCUGCUAAUGGUGUUGUCAUAGCAACAGAGAAAAAACUGCCGUCUAUCUUAGUUGAUGAAGCAUCUGUUCGGAAGAUUCAGCUAUUAACCCCUAACAUUGGAGUUGUUUACAGUGGCAUGGGUCCUGAUUUUCGAGUUUUGGUCCGAAAGAGUAGGAAGCAGGCAGAGCAAUAUCAUCGGUUGUACAAAGAACCAAUCCCUGUUACACAACUUGUGAGGGAAACUGCUGCUGUUAUGCAGGAGUUUACUCAGUCAGGUGGUGUAAGGCCAUUUGGAGUUUCACUGCUGGUUGCUGGGUUUGAUGAUAAAGGGCCACAAUUAUAUCAGGUGGACCCAUCUGGUUCAUACUUUUCGUGGAAAGCUUCUGCAAUGGGGAAAAAUGUCUCUAAUGCAAAGACAUUUCUUGAAAAGAGGUAUACUGAGGACAUGGAGCUUGAUGAUGCUGUCCACACUGCAAUAUUAACCCUGAAGGAAGGGUUUGAAGGACAAAUCUCUGGCAAAAACAUUGAGAUUGGCAUAAUCGGCACUGACAAAAAGUUCAGAGUUCUUUCACCUGCGGAAAUUGAUGAUUACUUGGGCGAAGUUGAGUAAUCAUCUGAAAUUACUGAAGAAAACCAGGAAUAUAUUUCACUAUAUUGUCAGAAUAGGGUCAAUUUGUAGACUGUCGUAGACUGUAAGACUAUUUUGGCAGAGCUAUAAUAGUUUGCAAACGUCUUCCUGCUCCCCUCUUCUGUGUAAUAGGCAGAGUCAGCUUGCAGAUGUUUUACUUUUCAUGUUAAUCCUUACAAACUGAGCACUCGUUUCUUCUUCUUUAAAAUAUUACAAUUUACAAUUA